AUGCGAUUCAAUGCCAACUGGUUUCAGGCGCUCUUCAGCUUCGGCCUGCUGGGCGGCAGCGUCGCGCGCUCGGUCGAGUUGAAGAAGGAUGUGAAGGCGCUCUUCGACCAGUCGAUGACUCUGAUGGAUGACAUUUAUGAUCCAGCGGCCGGUUACCUGCGCUACUUUUACUUCCCUCUCGCAGCGGGCCCUCACGAGACCCGGUCGACGGUCUGGUAUUCCGUUGGUCUGCUCCAACGAAACCAAGGGGACGAUGUCUACGAAGCGGUCAAGAUACUCAAGAACGUCAUCGGCGACCAAGAGAAGAACACGUCUUCGCUAUGGUAUGGCGACUACACGGUCUAUCCCGAACAGCCAACUGUUGGCAGUCCGGCAUAUUCCCCAGUAAUUUAUAACUCGUGGGAUCCCAACUGGAGGGGCUUCAUUGGUACCGCCUUGAUCGUCAUCUAUGAGGAGUUCAGGGGUCUGCUGCCCGCGGACGUCCAGCACCUGAUCCUCGAAAGCCUGUACAACAACACAGUAGGCGAUAGCUACCGUGUUGGCGGCGUUAAUGACGACAAUCUGUACCCGGCUUAUACAAACGCCUGGUUGAUGAGAAGUGUGGUCACCUCAUGGAUCGGUCACAAGUUCAACGACGCCAAUAUGACUGCCGCGGGCGACAGCGACGCUCGUGAGUUUCUCAAUCUUUUCGACCGCAACCACACUUUGUCCGAGUUCAACGGUCCCACAUAUGCUGGGGUUUCCAUCUACGCGCUCACCGUCGCCGCCAAGUACCUCGCUCAGACCAACUCGACCAUCGGUCAGACCGCGGCGCGCGUGAUCUCGGAGGUUUGGGAUUACGAGUCCCUGCUAUGGAAUUCCAACAUGAGAAACUUUGCGGGACCAUGGGACCGUUCAUAUGGCUACGACAUGAACGAAUACGUCUCCAUCAUGUCGUUGUGGGUGUGGACGUUGAUAGGCAAGGAGCGGGUGUGGAAGUAUUCCUCUCCAAUCUGGACCAUGGCGCAUGCGGACGACUUUGAGAUUUCACCCCUCAUCGCGGUUCUCUCCGGAUUCCAUAAGACGCUCGUUCCGAACUCUGCCAUGUCAAGGUUGACUCGCUUCCCCGGUGAGCACACAUAUCGCGGGCAUGCUUAUGCUCCCCCGGCGGACUACGAGCCACGAAACAUCAGCACGUGGCUCUCGGCGAAUCUGACCAUCGGCACAGACUCGUUCAAACAGAGCGUCGUGGGUGGCUUCUCAAAGGACUCGAGGUCUUUCAGCCCCUCUGUCGUGCAGUGGAUCCGCUCUGACGAGUCGAUCGGCUACUUCAACCUGUAUCCGACAGAAACCGCGAUGGAGGCCGAGGUAGCCCCAUACUCGCUGAAUCUGACAUAUCCUCUCGGUAACGCCUCUAGCACAUUUACCUUUGUCCUCGCUUCAAACCCGCUCGGAGCCAAGCGUGAUAUCACAGGGUUUGGCGAUGUCGACGGCUUGAACAUCGAGGUCGUUGGAGGGACUGCCAACCCUGUUCCCGAGAUCUCUUUCUGCGGACUGGUGGGCGGGACCUGCGAUAUCAUCCAUAACUUCGAAUUCUGGAAUGUUACCUUUUCAAUGCCGGCAAAUAGCUCGGAUGUUCCGAGCAUCCAGUUCAAAUUCAAGCUUGAAUAG